AGCAACAAAUUCAUACACAGACACUAGGGGUGGUUUCCUAUUCGCUUCACUUAUAAGAGGUUUUACACCCACGCUGAGGUUUUAGCACUGAUGGUUCUGUAAAUAUUUAAAUAAAAUUAUAUUUUUAAUAAGAAUAAUAGUUAUUGUUUGUUAAUGUUAGUGUAUGAUGCAUUUGAAAGUAAUUUGGGGCUUUUGGCUGGAGGAUUAAGAUUUAAAAGCAGAGAUAAAUAGAUAAGUAGUAAAUAUUUGUUUGCUGUUUGUUCCAUCCACUAAUCUUACUGCGUGCAUUGUCCAAGGAUUAAAUGCUAUUGGACUGGUUAAAGGUAAUGUAGGAAGACAUUGUUAGAAUGCUCAGUGUCAAAUUUGGAUCUCUUUCCAGGUCAGUGUGGACUAAAAGGAUUAGCAGACAUCAACAAAAAGCAUUAAAACAGCAUGCAAACAGCACACUACAACAGACAGCUGGUAGCUCAGAGUACUCAGCUGUAUUGAUCACUAGUUUCCCGCUGCAUAAGACAAUACUUUAUAUUUUUCCUUUAAAUUCUUUAUAUGAUCAAUCUGGUGUCACUAGCUAUAAAUUUAAUUCUGCUUGAAUAACAGUGUAGAUUGUAGUGUGUAAACCAUGCUAGUGUGAGAGUGGUCAUCUUUUCCUUCACAGCCUGCAGGGUUAAAGUUCAUGCCAUCAACUACAAACUAAUUUGAGCUUCUUUUUGUACCAAGAUGGUAUUAUUUACUAGUUUAAGUGACAAAUCAUGACAUUAAAGCUACCCAGUGUAUGUCCAGACCUGUUAAUCAGUUUUACGUCAUAGCUGAAUAGUGAGCGCUGAUGCUGGCGUCAUGCCUUUGGCCUUCCCUCUGGUAAUCCUGCCAGGACAGGUCAUUCCUCAGUCUAAUAAAAAAGUUUCAUGAGUAGAAAUCUUUGCUGUAUUAUUUAAAAGAGACCUUGCGAUUAAUUUAUAAAACCUUCCUGUAAUUCUUACAUUGUGCUUCUCAGCAAGUACAAUAUAACUAAUUAAUUACAUACAUGUGAGUAAACAUGCACUCAAGAGCUUAAGUUGCAGAUGACAAAGUGCAUGAAGGUGCAUUUGUGAAUGGGAUGACUUGGACACAGGUAGUAAUAACUCAUAAUGAGCUUACCUUUAGCCUCUUUAAUAAGCCUGAGUGUCUCUAAAGGAGACUUUGUUCGCAUGGGAUAGGGAUAAUCCUUUUAGACACUGCUUUACCAGGAACAAGUCAGUCAACGUUUCCUCCUUCAGACUGGAUGAGCUCCUCAGAGUUAAACAGGACCCACAUUUCUUCAGGUACACCUGCUCUCCUCUGCCGUGGAUCUCGAGAGAUACAUACCGACAAUUCUCACUCAUCAAGAGAUUCGGAUAUCUGCUGCCAGCGACGGGGGUGGGGGGGAUUUGCUGGGAUACAGACUGAGCCUGAAUCAGGAUGGAAUGUCUGCAGAAGUUAUUAGAAAAUAUAGUGUCUCUGAAAGUCAGGGCGUACGUGAAGGACUACUGCAAGAGGAAUGGUCUGCUGACACUCUCGGUCUUUGCGGUAGUGACCGGCUGUGUGCUUGGAUUUAUACUCCGGUCAUUCAACCUCUCCACACAGGCCAAGAUCUACUUCUCAUUCCCUGGAGAACUGCUGAUGAGGAUGUUGAAGAUGUUGAUUCUCCCACUUAUCACCUCCAGUCUUAUGUCUGGCCUGUCAGCCAUGGACACCAAGGCAAGCGGUCGUCUGGGAGUCCUGACCAUCACUUAUUACCUGUGGACGACCUUCAUUGCUGUCAUCGUUGGUAUCGUGCUGGUUAUCAUCGUUCACCCAGGGACCGGCUCUGAAAAAGACAGUCACCAUUCACAUUCAGGGCCUGUUAUGACCUCCGCUGAUGCUCUGCUGGACCUCAUCAGGAACAUGAUCCCAUCAAACCUGAUUGAAGCAACUUUUCAGCAGUAUCGGACAGAUUUGGUACCCAUUGUACAGAACAAUGACGCAAAAGUGUCUCAGGCCAACUAUGUAUACGUCAUGCCCGAUUACCACAACCCUCGCCUGGGUCAUCCAGUCUUCCUGGAGAUCACCCCUGCACCUGACAUCAAGUAUAAGAUUGUCCCAAGUACAAGCAAAGGCAUGAAUGUAUUGGGGAUUGUCAUCUUCUCAGCUACAAUGGGUCUGCUGCUGGGGAAAAUGGGGGAACGUGGCACACCACUCGUCAAUGUGUGCCAGUGCAUCAACGAGUGUGUCAUGAAGAUCAUCAAUGCUGCUAUGUGGUAUUUUCCCUUCGGCAUUGUGUUCCUGGUGGCAGGAAAGAUCCUGGACAUGCACGACCCAGCCCAUCUGGGGGAGAAGCUGGGCAUGUACUUCAUCACUGUCCUGUGUGGUCUCUUCGUGCAUGGCCUCAUCCUGCUGCCUCUCUUUUAUUUCUUCUUUACCCGCAAAAAUCCAUUCACCUUCAUCAGAGGGCUGCUGCAGGCUCUUGUCAUUGCACUGGCUACAUCUUCAAGCUCAGCCACGCUGCCAAUCACUAUGAAGUGUCUCCUGGAGAACUGUGGAGUUGACCGGCAAAUUGCUCGAUUUGUGCUUCCAGUGGGAGCCACUAUCAACAUGGAUGGAACAGCCCUGUAUGAAGCAGUGGCAGCCAUCUUCAUAGCUCAAGUCAACGAGUAUGACUUGGACUUUGGCCAGCUGGUCACUAUCAGUAUAACAGCAACCGCAGCCAGCAUUGGAGCAGCUGGGAUACCUCAAGCGGGUUUGGUUACAAUGGUGAUUGUCCUGACCUCUGUGGGUUUACCACCUGCUGACAUCUCCUUGAUUGUAGCCAUUGACUGGGUGCUUGAUCGAUUCAGGACAAUGAUCAAUGUUCUGGGUGAUGCCUUAGCUGCUGGGAUUAUGGCUCAUAUAUGCAAGAAGGACUUUGAUAAAUCAGCAACCGCUGCUUCUGCUGCUGUAGCCAAUAAAGAACGGAGAGACACAGUAAUCUCCUUUGGCAAUCAGAGCGUGGCACUGUCUGAUGCUCCGCUGAUCACACAUCGCUGCGAUUAUGUGUUUGAAGUGGAUGGAGACAACGUGCUGGAGAAACCCGUGCCCUGCUACAACCUCUGUCAAGUCUGAGACACUUUUACACGAUGCCUUCUACAGCACGUAGAUGCACCUACAAAGGCACUAACGGAGGCUCUAAAAGUUCACUCAAAGCCUGUGCCAUGCAGAAACCUGUACUACUUGAUACAAUGUACAAAACAGCAUGUCUCUAUUCAGCUUUGCAUGUAGAGAGAUGUGAGGAGAUGCAUUUUAUUAAAUCUUGAAUGCCACAUUGUCUGAAUGCACUUGCAGACAGGAACAUACGUCACGAUGACAUGCAUUGGAUGGAGAUCAGUGUUUAUCAGUUCCAGGGGGACAAUUAAAAUCCACAGUAGACCCGUCAUAAUGAAACAUGACUGCAGUUUUAACUUAAGUCUAGGUUUUGAAAUGCCUUAACGUUGCCUCAUUUUUGACAAUAAUGCUGAGACCUUGAAAGACUUGAAUGUUAUAAGGAGCUAAUAGACAAAGAGCAACAGAACAGGGGCUUUCUCUCUGUUAGACAAGGUGUUUAUGCAUAAAUAUUAAAGCAAAAUUAAGAAAUAUACCAACAUAUCCCUAGCAAAUGAAAAUUAUAGCAUAAUCUGUGUUUUUAUACCACUGCUUUUAAUUUUGUGUUCAUUUCUAAUAAAAACCUGCUACAUACCAGUGCUGUGAAAGUUUUUAUUUUAAUAAUUAACCUCAGAGACUAUUAAGCUUAAGUAUAUGCAGUGCUCAUGAUACAUGCUGGAUUAUACUUGGCAAGGUAAAAAGAAAGUAUAGCAUCUGUCAGUUAUAAGGUUUUUACAUAAUCUGGUCCUUCAGGAGAUCUUAAAAUUCUUUGAAUACAACCUCUGAUGAACAACAUGGCAUAUUACAGUGUUAUUAAACAAAAAUUAAACCAAAAUGCAGAAGCAGUGUGUGAAAAACUAAGUGCACCCAGUGAUUCAACAGCUUGCAUAACCACCUUAAGUAGCAAUGACUUUAAAAAAUUGUUAUGUAUGAAUUUAUGUGCUCAACUUUCCUUUUCCCCCCUUUUUCCUAAGACAAAUAAAUAAUUCUGUACACUUAGCUUGAAAUUUAGUUGGAUUUUAUAGAAUAUUUCAUGCAAGAAAGUUGACAAGCACAAAAUAAUUGAUCAAAGCUGUCAUGAUAUUUAGGGCAAGAUUUAGUAAGUUUC